UUUUGGAGUGCUGGGGAACUUUUUCCCCUUUUUGAGGCCAGGGGAAAGGGAAUGCCCAAUCCAGAGAGACAUGGGGGCAAGAAGGACGGGAGUGGAGGAGCUUCUGGAACUUUGCAGCCGUCGUCGGGAGGUGGCAGCUCCAACAGCAGAGAGCGUCAUCGCUUGGUGUCGAAGCACAAGCGGCACAAGUCCAAGCACUCCAAAGACAUGGGAUUGGUGACCUCCGAAGCAGCACCUGUGGGAACAGUUAUCAAACCUUUGGUGGAGUAUGAUGACAUCAGCUCCGAUUCCGAUACCUUCUCGGACGAUAUGGCCUUCAAACUAGACAGGAGGGAGAAUGAUGAGCGUCGAGGAACUGAUCGGAGUGACCGCCUGCACAAACAUCGUCACCACCAGCACAGACGUUCCCGGGACUUACUAAAAACCAAACAGACAGAAAAAGAAAAAAACCAGGAAGUUUCCAGCAAGUCGGGAUCGAUGAAGGACCGGAUAUCAGGCAGUUCAAAGCGUUCAAAUGAGGAGAACGAGGACUAUGGGAAGGCACAGAUCUCCAAAAGCAGUAGCAACAAGGAAUCCAGGUCAUCCAAACUCCACAAGGAGAAAGCCCGGAAAGAACGUGAGUUGAAGUCUGGGCACAAAGACCGGAGUAAAAGUCAUCGGAAAAGGGAAACACCCAAAAGUUACAAAACGGUGGACAGCCCAAAACGGAGAUCCAGGAGCCCCCACAGGAAAUGGUCUGACAGCCCCAAGCAAGAUGACAGCCCCUCGGGAGCUUCUUAUGGCCAAGAUUAUGACCUUAGUCCCCCAAGAUCUCAUACCUCCAGCAAUUACGACUCCUACAAGAAAAGUCCUGGAAGUACCUCAAGAAGGCAGUCAAUUAGCCCACCUUACAAGGAGCCUUCUGCCUACCAGUCCAGUACCCGGUCACCCAGUCCCUACAGUAGACGACAGAGGUCUGUGAGUCCCUAUAGCCGGAGACGGUCGUCCAGCUAUGAAAGGAGUGGCUCUUACAGUGGGAGAUCACCUAGUCCCUAUGGUCGAAGGCGGUCCAGCAGUCCUUUCACAAGCAAACGGUCUCUGAGUCGGAGUCCACUCCCCAGGAAAUCCAUGAAGUCUAGAAGUAGAAGCCCUGCAUAUUCAAGACACUCAUCUUCUCAUAGUAAAAAGAAGAGGUCCGGGUCACGCAGUCGACAUUCCAGUAUCUCACCUGUCAGGCUUCCAUUGAACUCCAGCUUGGGAGCUGAACUUAGUAGGAAAAAGAAGGAAAGAGCAGCGGCUGCUGCUGCAGCAAAAAUGGAUGGAAAGGAAUCCAAGGGUUCACCUAUAUUUUUGCCUAAAAAAGAGAACAGUUCAUUAGAGGCUAAAGAUUCAGGGUUGGAGUCUAAAAAGUUACCCAGAGGUGUAAAAUUGGAAAAAUCUGCCCCAGAUACUGAACUGUUGAAUGUAACACAUCUAAACACAGAGGCCAAAAAUUCUUUAGAUACAGGGAAAGUAAAGUUGGAUGAGAACUCUGAGAAGCAUCCUGUUCUUAAAGAUUUGAAAGCACAGGGAACAAGAGACUCUAAACCCAUAGCAUUGAAGGAGGAGAUUGUUACUCCAAAAGAGACAGAGACAUCAGAAAAGGAGACCCCUCCACCUCUCCCCACAGUUACUUCUCCACCUCCUUUACCAACUACUACCCCUCCACCUCAGACGCCCCCUUUGCCACCUUUGCCUCCACUACCAGCUGUUCCACAGCAACCACCUCUGCCUCCUCCCCAACCAGCGUUUAGUCAGGUUCCUGCUUCUAGUACUUCAACUUUGCCCCCUUCUACUCACCCAAGGACAUCUAGUCUGUUCUCUCAGGCAAAUUCUCAGCCCCCUGUACAGGUUUCUGUGAAGACUCAAGUAUCUGUAACAGCUGCUAUUCCACACCUAAAAACGUCAACAUUGCCUCCUCUGCCCCUCCCACCCUUACUACUUGGAGACGAUGACAUGGAUAGUCCAAAAGAAACUCUACCUUCAAAACCUGUAAAGAAAGAGAAGGAACAAAGGACACGUCACUUGCUCACGGACCUCCCUCUUCCUCCAGAGCUCCCUGGUGGGGAUCCAUCUCCCCCAGACUCUCCAGAACCAAAGGCAAUCACACCACCUCAGCAACCAUAUAAAAAAAGACCAAAAAUUUGUUGUCCUCGUUAUGGAGAAAGAAGACAAACAGAAAGUGACUGGGGGAAACGCUGUGUGGACAAGUUUGACAUUAUUGGGAUUAUUGGAGAGGGAACCUAUGGUCAAGUAUAUAAAGCCAAGGACAAAGACACGGGAGAGCUAGUCGCCCUGAAGAAGGUGAGACUAGACAAUGAAAAAGAGGGCUUCCCAAUCACAGCCAUUCGUGAGAUCAAAAUCCUUCGUCAGCUAAUCCACCAAAGUGUUGUUAACAUGAAGGAAAUUGUUACAGAUAAACAAGAUGCACUGGAUUUCAAGAAAGACAAAGGUGCCUUUUACCUUGUAUUUGAGUAUAUGGACCAUGACUUAAUGGGACUGUUAGAAUCUGGUUUGGUGCACUUUUCUGAGGACCAUAUCAAGUCAUUCAUGAAACAGCUAAUGGAAGGAUUGGAUUACUGUCACAAAAAGAAUUUCCUGCAUCGAGAUAUUAAGUGUUCUAACAUUUUGCUGAACAACAGUGGGCAAAUCAAACUAGCAGAUUUUGGACUUGCUCGACUCUAUAACUCUGAAGAGAGUCGCCCUUAUACAAACAAAGUCAUUACUCUGUGGUACCGACCUCCAGAACUUCUGCUAGGAGAGGAGCGUUACACACCAGCCAUUGAUGUUUGGAGCUGUGGAUGCAUCCUUGGGGAACUGUUCACAAAGAAGCCUAUUUUUCAAGCCAAUCUGGAACUGGCUCAGCUAGAACUGAUCAGUCGACUCUGUGGUAGCCCUUGUCCAGCUGUGUGGCCUGAUGUUAUCAAGCUGCCAUACUUCAAUACCAUGAAACCGAAGAAGCAGUAUAGAAGGCGUCUACGAGAAGAAUUCUCUUUCAUUCCUUCAGCAGCACUUGAUUUACUGGACCACAUGCUGACACUAGAUCCUAGCAAACGUUGUACAGCUGAGCAGACCCUACAGAGUGACUUCCUUAAAGAUGUCGACCUCAGCAAAAUGGAUCCUCCAGACCUCCCCCACUGGCAGGAUUGCCAUGAAUUAUGGAGUAAGAAACGGCGACGGCAGCGACAAAGUGGUAUUGUGGUAGAAGAACCACCUCCGUCCAAAGCCUCUCGAAAAGAAACUACCUCAGGGACAAGUGCUGAGCCUGUGAAGAACAGCAGCCCAGCAGCACCUCAGUCUGCUCCUGGCAAAGUGGAGCCUGGGGCUGGGGAUGCGAUAGGCCUCGGUGACAUUACACAGCAAUUGAAUCAAAGUGAAUUGGCAGUGUUAUUGAACCUGCUGCAGAGCCAAACCGACCUGAGCAUCCCUCAAAUGGUGCAGCUGCUUAAUAUCCACUCCAACCCUGAGAUACAGCAGCAGCUGGAGGCCCUGAACCAAUCCAUCAGUGCCCUAACGGAAGCCACUUCCCAGCAGCAGGACUCAGAGCCCAUGGGUCCAGAGGAGUCUUUGAAGGAGGCACCCCCUGCUUCAGUGGUCCAGCCUUCAGCAGAACAGACAACCCCUGAAGCUUCAAGCACACCAGCUGACAUGCAGAAUAUGUUGGCAGUUCUCUUAAAUCAGCUGAUGAAAACCCAGGAGCCAGCAGGCAGCCUGGAGGAAAACAACAGUGACAAGAACAGUGGGCCACAGGGGCCCCGAAGAACUCCCACAAUGCCACAGGAGGAGGCAGCAGCAUGUCCUCCUCACAUUCUUCCACCAGAGAAGAGGCCCCCUGAACCCCCCGGACCUCCACCGCCGCCACCUCCACCCCCUCUGGUUGAAGGCGAUCUUUCCAGCGCCCCCCAGGAGUUGAACCCAGCCGUGACAGCCGCCUUGCUGCAACUUUUAUCCCAGCCUGAAGCAGAGCCUCCUGGCCACCUGCCACAUGAGCACCAGGCCUUGAGACCAAUGGAAUACUCCACCCGACCCCAUCCCAACAGGACUUACGGAAACACUGAUGGGCCUGAAACAGGGUUCAGUGCCACUGACACUGAUGAACGCAACUCUGGUCCAGCCUUGACAGAAUCCUUGGCCCAGACCCUGGUGAAGAACAGGACCUUCUCAGGCUCUGUGAGCCACCUUGGGGAGUCCAGCAGUUACCAGGAUGGCAACAGCAGGAGGAGGGAUGGCCCCUGAGGAAUUCGGUGAUGUCCAUCAGUCACCUGAUAUCCGGAGCCCUGAGAAAUUCAGUGUCUUUCACAGACUCAAGCCAGGCUUCCUGGGUGACCCACCUGUCCAAAUACGGUGUGAGACAGCAGAAGUAGAGGCCUACAAGGCUGCUUCUCUCCAUCCUCAAUGCCCAGAACCAGGCAGGUCACCAGCCUCCAGUGCCCACCCCACCCUUCUGGCUGCUAGGCCCAGCCAAGAGUUAUUCCAUUUGAACUCUUUCAACCGGUGAAUGGCCCCAGGAUCUGAACCCAGAAGCCCUAGCCUUUGCCACCCCCUGACUCUGAGAAAGCCACUCUGACUCAGACUGACUCAUCAGUCCCCAUCCUCUCCGCAAGUAUAACCAGGCCAAGACUGAUCCAAGAGACCAAAGGGACUGAAGUGUCCUAGUCAUGGCCUUAACUGACCUGGGGAAGGAGAAGCCCCUCCAUCCCUUCCUUACCUAGGGAAGAACAAGGCUGAAGUGGAUGGAGCCCACCAGCAACCUGCCCACAGACCUGGGACCUGAAAUGGGAAGAGGAGGAUCCAGCCUUUGAUUGUCUGUCAAUGAGUGGGCAAGGUCCUCCUUGGAAAUGGGAAGUUGAAUGUGUCUUUGACAAGGUCUAAGGAAAUUGAGGCCCAUGACAGCGAGUGAGCUCUCUAUUCUGGAGGUACGGGAAGCUGUACGAGGACUACGAUCAGGUCUGCGUGCUCACCCAUGUGCUACCUGAGCCCUGCGCAGUGCCCAGCACAAAGCAGCUGUUGGAAACAAGAAGAGAAGGCCCAGAGGAGGGAAGAGAGAAGGUGGAAUUCCAUGAAGACACUCACGUGCAACAUACAGUUCAGACUGGGAUAUGUGCACACAGCUGUGUAUGCAGGUCAGGAUGCUUGCUGAGGCUUGCUGUAGCACAUGUUCACACAGCUCACACAUCACCUCUGCAUGGAGAGGAAUUAUUCACAUAUGCAGGGAAGUCAUUCUUCCCAUAUCCAGGCCCCCAUUCUUUUUUUUUUCCCCCCUUCUUCUGCUUCCCCACCAUUCCGGUUCAAGCCAUUGUUUCUCAGUCUAGUUGUGUAGGACACAGCUCCCUGGCCCCUGCUGGUAUUAGGAGCCUUGCACUCCCCCCGGCUGAGGAAGUCGGUCGCCGGUUGUCGGUUGGCUGCUCGCAGCAGCUCACGGCAGCUCUCGCCGGCUGCCGGCCGCUCACGCUGUCCGCCGGCCACUCAUGGCAGCACACAGUAGCCCGUGACAGCACCCAGCAGCCCGCGGCAGCUCACACCAACCUCCAGCUGCUCACUGUGACUUCAGGCUGCUCACUGCAGUCCAGCUCCCUCUGCCCCAGGGAGAGCUGUUAUUCACAGUCUCAGCUAUAGAGGGCACAGCUUACUGGCCCAUGUGGGAAUAGAACUAAUGUGACCUCGGCGUUAGGAGCACGGCAUUCCAACCACCUGAGCUACCAGGUGGCCCCAGGUCCCCAUUCUAACCAGAGCAAGGUGUUUUCUGCAAGUUGCUAGCCUGAGCUAUGCUCCACGUUUUUCUAUGAAUUGUAAUGCAACAACAUUCUCCAGCUCCUGGCAGCUAACUUGAGUCAGCUGUAGGGUGACAGAGCCCCAUAGCAACUCUGGGGGCACCUGUGCUCCUGUCUUGGCUACAGUGUGGUAUCUUCUCUGGUGACCAUCAGAUGACAGGGUCAGACCUCUCACCUGGGAGAGGUGCUGGGUAUAGCCUCGGUUUCAGAGGGAAGACGGGCUAAUGGGAGGUGAGAGAGGCAGAAUCUGUGCCUCUCUGUGACCUUCUUUCCUCCUUACCUAUCUCCGGGAAUCAGGUGGCCCAUCAUUAGCAGAAAUCAUUAUUUAGUGCCUUCCCUCAAGGAAACACUGUGCUUAGUUUAGCAUAGUGCUUCACAGCCCCGUUGGGCUGGGUUGAUGGCAGCCCCAAGAAUCUGGAUAUGCCGUCCCCGUUGGAGGAACCACAGUAACUUGCGUGGUAACCUCAACCCUAAUGAACAUUAGACUGCCAGGCCAUAGGAUGCUCCCUGACCUUUUCCAGGAUUCUCCCUCUCUCAGAGAAGGAGCCAGCUCCACCAUGGGCUGGUGUGGCUGCCAGCCAAGAGGCUUGGGGCAGGCCUGGGGCAUGCAGCUGGCACCUGCCCACGAGCUCCCCAAGGAGCACCCUCUUACCCAACUCCAUAGCCCCAUUUAGAUGGCUCCUGGGCUGCAGGGAGACAGAGUUCAUUCAUCCCCAUUCCCAGAGAAAACCUCGAGCUGGAAAGCCCAUCUUCCUUGACACGAUGACCUGCUCAAAGAUACCCCAUCCAGACUAGAUAUGCUAAAAACCCACUAGGUACUUUUCCCAGGGGGGAACCAAACAAUUAAUACAGUAGGGGUUGGGCUGGAGCGAGGAAAGGGGUUUGAGGCCUGGGCUGGAAUUAUGGGAGCAGUUGCUGAGGUCUGGAGAUGGAUGAGGAAGAAGAACUCAAUGGGAGUGAGACAGGACAGUGGGAGGGGACAUGAAGAAAAGGGGCUGAGUAAAUCUGCCUCUGGUCUAAUUAGCAACAUGCAAAUAACAUGCAAAUCACUCCUCUUUGUUUAGAGACCACAGGGCCUGUGCUUUUUGGAAGUAGGCUACAGAGGAACAACUAGGCAGUGUCUCUGAGACCCUCAGACAUGGGACACUCAGGCUCAAGAGAGAGGCCAGAGUGCAACCAUCUGGUUCUAGCUUAUUCCCGGGAUGGACUCACUCUCUGUGGGCCUCAAUUUCCCUAUGUGUGAGAUGGCAGGACUGGACUGGAUGGUCUCUAAGGCUUCUGUCCAGUACUGACAGUCUAAGGUUCUCUGAUCUGGGGCCCAGCUGCCAGCACAGGGUAAGGGACUGAUUCCAUUCUGGGGUGGAAGCUUCUUGACUCUCUUGCCCCUCUGCUCACUUCAGCAGUUCUGUCAUGAUACCCCCCACAUGCCCAUCUACCUGCCAUCUCUAACGUGAGCAAUUUCCUGAAGGCAGUGUUCUCUCCGAUUCUGUGCUUUUACCCACACUGUUUCCUCUGCUUGGAAUGCCCUUUCUGCUUUAGCUCCUUACCUGGCUAACUCUUUCUCUAACUCCAAGAGCUGUGCCUACCUUACCCUUCCACCUUCUGGGCAUCCCUAUGCACUAUUUACUUCUCUCAUUUCCCACUAGACUGUGAACUCCUAAAGAGCAGGUGCUAGGUUUUGUUCAAGACGGAAUCUCCAAUGUAAAUGCAUUAGUUUCCCAAGGCUGCUGUAACAAAUUGCUACAACCUUGGUGACAUAAAACAAUAAAUUUAUUCUCUCACAUUUCUGGAGGCCAGUAGUUCAACAUCAGUUUUACUGAGCCAAAACCAAGGUGUUGGCAGGACUGUGCUCUCUCUGGAGGCUCUAAGGGAGAAUCUGUUCUUUCAGCUUCUAAUGGCUGCUGCUGGCAUUCCCUUGCUUGUGGCCACAUCACUCCAGUUUCUGCCUCUGUCUUCACAUUGCUUUCUACUCUUCUGUGUGUACAAUCUCCCUCUGCCUCUCUUACAAGGACACUUGUAGUGGCAUUUAGAGCCCAGCCAGAUGGUCUAGGCAGAAUAAUCUCCCCAUCUCAAGAUUCUGAAUCACAUCUGCAAAGACCCUUUUUCCAGAUGAGGUAACAUUCAUAGGUUCUGGGGAUUAGGAUGUGGACAUACCUUUGGGAGCCGUUACCAGACUACAGAAAUAAGCAAAGAUAUCUUUAAAUUUGUUAAGCAUCUAUCAUGUGCGAGAUACCAUACAUGUAUUUUUCUCACUGCGUUUAAGUCUCACAAUAACCCUGAAAGAUAGAUAAUAAUGCCCCUACUGUACAGAUGAGGAAACUGAAAUGAGCUCAGGGAGAUCAAGUCACCUGCUCAAGCUAACAUAGCUGAUAAGUGACAGAGCCAGGAUUUGAAACGAGAUUGGCUUGGCUUCAAAGCCAGCAUGAUUUUUGCUUCACCAAGAGCCUCCAAGCCUCUACCAGGUUCUGGCAUAAAUUUCUUACCUGAAUGGAUAUGCAGAAAGAGAAAGAUAGACGGACAAGAGAAGGACAGAUGAGGCCCAGCCUUCCCAGUGAUACUGACUCAGGCUUUCUUUUGCCAAAGCCCCCUUACCAUCCCUCUAAUCCUCCCCCACCACCCCUGACCCCUUGUUUCAGAAGCCUGGAAUCUCCCUCAGUUUUCAGCCCCCUGCCAACUACUGCUGCCCAGAAGGGUGGCACAGUGCCUGGACUGCAAGCAGGAGAUAUCAAAUCACAGACCCAGGGGGACCUCUGGAGGUCACCUCUUCAAGCCCUCUGCCCACAUACAGGCAUGCCUAUCGGGACAGGGCAGACAUGGUCAGGGUAGUGGGCAGCAGAAGGGAAAAGUAGCCGUCUCUUCCUUUAGCUUCCCUUUCACCUCACUUCUUAUACAAUUUGUAUUGGGACAUCCUCACUCAGGUCUAACCUUCCAGACAUCACGUCGUAAUGACAGCUGGCCAGGGUCAGAAGUCCUGUGACCCAGUCUUAAAUUGUCCAAAACAUAAAAGGAGAUUUUCACUGAAUACUUCACUUCUGUGGGCCUCUAAUUCUUCAUCUUUAAAAUGGGAUUGAUAACGAUGAUAAUGAUAAUACCCACCUCACAGGGCUACUGGGAUAGUAACACAAUCCAGGAAAGAAGCGUCUAACCCAUGGAGCAAGGCAGGUGCUGCAGGAAUAGUUUGUAACAGUCCCUUAGCCCUCCAGUCGAAGCCUCUUUAUCCUGGGUAACACAGGGCUUUGCUCACCUCAGCCAG